AUGGCAGUUUAUAUAAUUCGAAGAAUGCGCUGGGAUUUUGUUGUUGGAAGUUUGUACAGGAGGGAUGUUAAAUUGCCCUUCACUUGUUUUGCUGAUGCAUCAAACAAAACAUUUGCAAACAUAUCUCUGCCACAGUGCAGUCUUGCUUGUGACCGCUACAAUGGUUGCCUGGCUUUCCAGUACUACGAGUCAAGUAUUUCAAACAAAUUUAAUAAAAAUAUUUUUCAGAAUUAUGUCCUCCUUCGUUUGUUUACUUUUUUCAUCAAAAUCCUGCUACAAAUUGGAGGUUGGAUCAUGGAAUUGGGAGCAGGCAAGGAGCUGAUAAUUAAUUUUGUCAUUUUUGAUUCCAACAACAAUGGUUGUUACGACACUGAUUUUUACUCUAGAAAAAUAUGGCUAAGUGGACAGAAAGUUGAUCCUCUAAAUAUAUCGACACCAUUUGUAUGGAAACCAUUUCCAAAUGUUUCACGGAGUUUGGGCAAUAAAACAUUUUGGUAUCCAGACCAACCCAAUGCUUUUGGGUAUCCUGGAAUCUAG